GAUUCCUGCUGCCACUCACAGUCUGGAUCUGAGUCUCAUUUCAGGCAGGACUCUGUGGACGGACCCGGACCUGGAUCAGAACCCGGACCCGGACUCCGCGCAUUCAGACGGGAUGAAGAUGACAGCGGAGCAUGUGGAGGACGGCGCCACGCUCAUCGCCAUGGAGACCCCGCCCGACAACUCCUACGGCAGCAUCACCACGAAUCCUGCUGUUCGGCUCCCGGACAGGAACGUGUUCAGCGAUGGGACGACUCGUGUGGACUUCGUGCUGGUGUGGGAGGAGUCUCUGAAGGAAACGACCAGUAUUAACUCCGCCCACAGGAAGUGGAGGGAGGCGUUUCUGGACCGACUGAAACAUGCGGGACUUCAGCAGGAGAAGAGGGAGGUGGUUCAGCAGAAGAAGAAGGUGUCCUUCAUCCUCCUCAGCGCUCCGUGGAGCGUCAUGUGUUUCUACGCUGAGGAGAUCAGCCUCAGAGCGCCGCUGCAGAUCAUCAAUUCAUCCAACAUCAACUGGUCUGAGAAGAUCCUGAAGAAGGUGUCCUUCCCCAACCUCAUGGCCCAGGACGUUCCCAACCCCCCACCGGAGUACUACAGCUGUCAGUUCAGAGCCAGCAAACUGCAGAGGUUUCUGGGCAGUGACAACAAAGAGACGUUCUUCACAACAACACAGAGACACCGAGUGCUCUAUGAGAUCCUGGCCCGGACUCCAUACGGUUCCAUGAGGAAAGGGGAGGUGGGAAUCGACCGACUGCUGAACGAGCAGGUGUUCAGCGCCGCCUACCCGCUGCAUGAGGGUGGUUUCCGGACCCAGAACCCUCCGGUUUCCCCCGAGUCUCUGAGUUUGAGACAGAUUCUGUAUCAGUACUGGGCCAAGUGGUCCUGCUGGAACAAGUACCAACCUCUGGACCACAUCCGAGAAUACUUCGGAGAGAAAAUCGCACUUUACUUCGCCUGGCUUGGUUUCUACACUGGCUGGCUGUUACCAGCGUCCGUGGUGGGGACGGUGGUUUUCCUCUUUGGCUUCUGGCUCAUGGCCACUGAUGUUCCAGCGAAGGAGGUGUGUGACAGCGGAGACAACUUCAUCAUGUGUCCACGAUGUAAAAGCUGCUCCUACUGGAACUACUCCAGCAUCUGUGUCACCUAUAAGGUGGGUCUUCUCUUUGAUAACGGUGGGACAGUGUUCUUCAGCGUCUUCAUGUCUUUCUGGGCCGUCACCUUCCUGGAGUACUGGAAGAGAACCGGGUCGACUCUGGCCCAUCGCUGGAACUGCUCUGACUUCGAGGACAUCGAGGAGCGACCUCGGCCGGAGUUCACGGCGAUGGCUCCCAUGACCAUGAGGAACCCGGUAACCGGCGCCGAGGAACCCUACUUCCCCGAAAAGACGCGACUCCACCGAAUGCUGAGCGGCUGCACCGUCAUCAUCACCAUGAUUGUGGUGGUUCUGAUGUUCCUGAUCUCCAUCAUCCUGUACCGUUCCAUCCUUCGAAUCAUCAUGCAAAAAUCUGGAAACAGCUUCGUCAGCGGCUUUGCCGGUCGGAUCGCCAGUAUCUCUGGAUCCGUGUUGAACCUGAUUGUGAUCCUCAUGUUGUCCAGGGUUUACAUCAUGCUGGCCCACAUCCUGACCCGCUGGGAGAUGCAUCGAACUCAGAGUAAAUAUGAAGACAUGUUCAUCCUCAAAGUGUUCGUCUUCCAGAUCAUCAACUUCUACUCGUCUCCGGUUUACAUCGCCUUCUUCAAAGGCAGAUUCAUCGGUUACCCUGGAAACUACCACAAACUGUUUGGGAUUCGCAAUGAAGAUUGUGGAGCAGGUGGAUGUCUGAUCGAACUGGCCCAGGAGAUGCUGGUCAUCAUGGUGGGAAAACAGCUGAUCAAUAACAUCAAAGAGUUUGUCUCACCGAAGUUGACGACGUGGUGGAAGAACAGGAAGCUGAGUCCGAGGCCGAAGGAGGGCGGAGAGAAGGAGGAGGAGGAGGAGGAGAUGCAGAGGAAGGAGCAGGUUCCACCCUGGGAGAAGGACUAUCAGCUGUUAGUGUGUGAAGGACUGUUCAGCGAGUACCUGGAGAUGGUCCUUCAGUUCGGCUUCAUCACCAUCUUCGUGGCGGCCUGUCCUCUUGCUCCGCUCUUCGCUCUGGUUAAUAACUGGGUGGAGAUUCGUCUGGAUGCUCAGAAGUUUGUGACUGAAUAUCGCCGCCCGGUGGUGGAGCGAGCUCAGGACAUCGGCGUCUGGUUGACCAUCCUGCAGUUCAUCACACACGCCGCCGUCCUCAGCAACGCGUUCCUCAUCAGCUUCACCUCGUCCUUCCUGCCUCGUCUCUACUACCGCUACACAAAAGACAACACCUUGACCGGCUUCAUCAACUUCACACUGGCAACAUCACCCAGCAACUUCAACCAGCAACACAACCACACAUCCUGCAGGUAUCGAUCCCUCAGAGAUGAACAGGGUGAAUACCUGCCUGAGUACUACCACCUGCUCGCCAUUCGACUCUCCUUCGUCAUUGUAUUUGAGCAUGUGGUGUUCUCCAUCGGUCGUCUCAUCGAUGUGAUGGUCCCUGACAUCCCAGAGGAGGUGGAGGUGAAGAUGAAGAGGGAGCACUACAUGGCCAAAAUGGCACUGGCAGAGAACCAGGUUCUAGGAGACACUCUGAUCCCAGACCCAAAGGAUGGGUCCAGUGAUCUGAGACAGCGUGGGUCCACAAGGUCAGCUCCGCCCAGUGAGGAUCCCAAACCUGACUGGGAUCCACAGGGACCUCCUCCUACCGCAACACUGGGAACCAACCACUGAAGAACCAACGGGCAAGAACAAAAGCAACAAGGAACCUCAGCAGGGUCUGUACGGUCUACAACCCUACAAGAACCCUACCAGAACCAGUCUAGAACCUCCACUACCACCCAUCUACGAGAACCCUACAAGAACCCUACCAGAACCUGACUAGAACAUCCACUACCACCCAUCUACAAAAACCCUGCAAGAACUCUACAAGAACCUGACUAGAACCUCCUGGUUUCUCCACCCAGAUCCUGAACAUGUGACACAAACAAAUAAGACAAUGUUAAUGUCGUCAAACUCAUGUUAGUUCAGGUUCCACCUUCAGCCCAGUUUGAUCUCAAGUGGAUCAGAACCAGUGACAUAAUAACAGAGU